UGGGCAAGGGGCAAAGAACAGGGUAUGUUCUGGCCCCACAAUCACAGUAGGUGAUGGUUAGGUGUCGGGAAAUCAAGUGGACCCCACUCGAAACUAAAAAAAUACACUGACAUUUGGACCAGCCGCCGGCGGACCGCGAUGUUGUUGAGUUGAGUGACUCUCUUUGCUUCUGCUGUAUUUUGCUGCAUAAUCAAAUUUCAAUCUUCCAUGGCAAAGAAACCAGUGAAAUACUCCGUGGUGGAUGCCUUCACUGAAUCAGCUUUCAAGGGAAACCCAGCAGCGGUUUGCUUGUUAGAAGAAGAUAAAGAUGACAAGUGGUUGCAGGCCGUGGCCUCCGAGUUCAAUCUAUCCGAGACUUGUUAUCUGACUCGGGUCACCGAUUCCACGCCUACUUCAGCUCCUAGGUUUGGUCUCAGAUGGUUCACGCCUUCCAACGAGGUUGAGCUUUGUGGUCAUGCAACAUUAGCGGCUGCAUACACUCUCUUUAAGUCUGGUUUGAUAAAUUCCAACUUUAUUGAGUUUGCUACAUUAUCUGGAAUCCUAACAGCUAAAAAGGUUCCAGAUGUUAAGACAGCCAAUGAUUCAAAUAAUAUUCAAAAUGGUGAAGCACAAAAGUCCUAUUUCAUUGAACUGAAUUUUCCUGCCGCCCCAUCUUAUGAAUUCAACUCUAGUGAGGUUUCAUUGAUCUCCGAGGCCUUGGAUGGUGCUUCUAUGAUUGAUAUAAGGAAAACAUAUGUCACCGACGAUCUACUUGUUGUACUUCCAUCAGCAAAAGCUGUUGUAGAUUUACAGCCAAAGUUUGAUGCAAUCCAAAAAUGUCCAGGGUCUGGGGGAGUGAUUGUAACAGGGAUUGCUCCUCCAGAGUCUGAAUAUGAUUUUUACAGCAGAUACUUCUGCCCUAAAAAUGGGAUUGGUGAGGAUCCUGUUUGUGGGAGCGCACAUUGUGCCUUAGCACCAUACUGGUGCAAAAAACUGGGAAAGUCUGAUGUUUUUGCAUAUGCGGCAUCCCCUCGAGGCGGAGCGGUAAGCAUGCAUCUAGAUGAGCAGAAUCAAAGGGUGCUGCUGCGAGGGAAAGCUGUUACUGUCAUGGAAGGAACUGUCUUAGUUUGAAGUUUGCCAAGUACAAAAAUUUGAAAUAAAUGACUCAAUUGGUGGAAGACAAAACAAAACCCCCCAUUACAUUUGAAUAAAAAUUAAUAUUCGAGCUAUUUGUUUUGAUUAUUGUGAACUUCGCAUUCUGAAUUCUCCAUCUUGGCAUCUUGAAAGGUCAGAUAUGGUAAUUCAAAGCAAACAAAUCAAGCAAGGAAUGUGGUGAUUCCAUUUCCAUUUGGUUAACUUUAAAUGUAUAAUAAAAGCUGGGCGUGCUGUGGUGUCAGUAACCUUGUGUGUUAGCAGCAUCAUGUAAAUUAUCAAAUCACUUUGCCCUGAUUAUUAGCUCCUGUAAAUCAUCUAGGUUUGUUUUCCGUGAAAAGAUUUUCAAAAUGUACUAUAUCCGUCAGUCAACGAAUGAAGUUGAUUGUAAAUUUAGGACAUGUGAUUGUAAUUUACAAAUUUGUUUUUCUUCAGAAAUUAUUAUUGGCAAAGAAA